AUGGGGUAUGCGUUUCCAGAAGACGCGCUCGUAUACGAGUGCCUUUCUAGCGCUGUCACUGCAGAAGGCGAACGGCCGCGAGGUGAAUCUCUCGACUGCUCAUCGGGCUUACGAUGGAACCUGAGCAACCAAUGUGGGCAGCUUGUCACGGUCAUCGCCGGUGGUGAUGACGUAAUCCAAACGGUUCCGUACUGGACGGACACGCCACGGGAGCCAGCUUCAUGCCGCGAGCAGCUUCCGAAGCAGUAUGCUGAAGACCUGGCAUCGAACCUGGCGGAGGCGCAGUCCCAAACCAUCACCGUCAGCAAGACUAAGAAGAAGGGCCUCUUCUACGUGUUUGCAGACGGCCAGAUCCUGGUUAUUGACGCAGUCGCGGGCGCCAUCGUCAAGACCAUUGCCAACCCCACCGUUCCCUUCCCCAACAAUUGCACGGGGACGCCAAUGGCGGGUUCGUGGGGGGACUCGGUUUUCGCAAACAACCACAUGUUUUCGGCGUCGUACUACAGAAACGCAACCAUCGGUCCUGACGACGGCAUUUAUGUCAUCAACACCCAAACCCAGACUCUGGUGCAGCGAGUUCCCUCUGCAACGCGGCCCGUUCACGUUUUCUACGUGCCAUACUUGGACGAGGUGUGGAGCCACUCCGACGGCACUGCCAACUUUGACGUCAUUGAUGCGCGCAACUACUCCGCGGUGCACGAGGACGUCAUUGCUCACGUCAACAUCAGCGGCCAUGGGAAGCUCGUUUUCAACGCUGCCCUCGACAGCAAGGCCCACGCUUCCAAUGUGAACGAGCCUGGGGCGUUCAUUCUGGACCUCGAGACCAAGGCCUCCAAUGGUCAGCUCAGCUUCGUCAACUUCACCGGGCAGCCGAUUUCGGGCGGCCGAGUUACAAUCUGCCCGGGGACUCACUCGCUGGCUUACUCUAAGGUCAACCGGCACGCCUACUUUGAGUGCACUUCCGUCAGGGACCCCACAAACUCGUCCAACAUUCUGCUAUACCCGGGGGUUGUCGAGAUCGAUACCGACGACGACACCGUCGUGAACCAGCUGCCCUUCACUGGUCAUUUGGCGACCACGCCCGACGAGCAAUUUCUGACCAUCGUGAAUGGCCGGGAGCGGUCCGUCAGAAUCAUCGAAAUCACGCCCAUCGGACAGCCGGACCUCUACUUCACCAUCCCCCUGAAUGAAACCCCGGGGGCCACCCCGGCCUUUUACCCCAUGAGCGACCACUACGUCAUGGCUGUCCCCAUGCUUAACACCAACAAAAUGGCCAUCAUCGACUUUGGGCUCGUCCUUAGGUGCGGCGCCAACUGCACUGACCCGGGGCAAACCGUCAAGUACGUCGAUGUGGGUUACCAAAACCCGCCCGGCAGACCCGGCGCCCUAACCACCUCGCGUAGCGUCGAUGCCGGUCACACCUUCAUCUGCACUCCAGCCAUUUACGACCAGGGGAUUGGUUGCUAUAACCCGAUCAACGACACCUCGAUCUUCAUUGGGGGCGCCGCUAAUCCCAUCCGUAACCCCGCCCGGGUUUACUUUGCUCCGGGAGCUCUGGCCGGCGCACCAGAGAACGUGAAUGCGUUGUUUAAUUGCGCGGAUGCCGCGACUACGCGAGGAAACUACCCGACGCUUGCGCCGGUGGUCAACCAGACCUUGAUCAAGAGCGCUGCGCCGUAGGAUAACCCAGUUCUGUAAGAAACUGUUGGAGGGUAUUGAGAAGUUGGCGUUCGGUUGAGCAGACUGAACUUUUCAGACUUGCCAGAUUGAACAAUUCAGGCCCGUCGCGAUGUUCUUUCGGGACGCUGAUUGGUAGUAGACAUCAUGAUCGUCGGGAAGCAGAGUUGCACGGACCUUUGACUAAUGCGAACCAGUGGCAACAACUCAAAGAACAAAGAAGCGGCUCCAAGCCCCUUUGCCUUGCGUGUUUUCUUGAAAUUGUGUGACUUGUCACCAGCUAUAACGAAGGAUGCUUAGUACAAUCUAGAAAGCCGACGGUCCGAUCAAUGUUACCAUGUUGGGGACAAGGCGAGGAUGAGCCUCUAGACUCGCUGAUGAGAUCUCAUCAGGAGGGGAUCCGACUUUCGUGAGAGGCUGAUGCCGGACCAAAUGCGUCAGUAAGAUAGCUGAUCGUUGGACAAAACGCGACAGAUUCUACUGCUUAAGUUCAGCCCCAUGGAUCUGGCAUGGCUGCUCUUCUUUCAAGUUUCUGAAAGCGUGCUUCCUUUUCUUGCAUAACGU